AUGAUGUUUCAUCCCAUCAAUAGCAUCGCCUUGGCGUUGACGCUCACCAUACAAUGCACCGUUGGCCAAGUCUUCACAGGACCACAGGAUCUUCGCGUCGAGACCGCAUUGACAUUGGACGUGCCAUGUAACGGUGUGAGCACCACUCCAGAUGGCCGCCUGUUCUUAGUCCUGGCUCGUGUCGACGGCUCGAAAGGACCUGCAGUCGUCGAGUACAAUCGAACAACGAAUGAGAUGACAGCAUACCCCAACGAAGCAUGGAACUCCUACCAAGACGGCGACGAUCCAUCGACAAAAUUCGUGCGCAUCAACUCACAACGUGUCGGCCCCGAUGGCCAUCUCUAUGUCGUAGAUGCUGGAUCUCCAUCCUUUGGCGAGCCAGUGAUACUGCCAGAAGGCCCAAAACUUAUUCAGAUCAAUGUCAACACGAACGAGGUAUCCCGUGUGUACCCGAUGGGUAACGUCACGCGCUACAAUAGUCUUCUCGACGACGUUCGCUUCAAUCCAGCAACUGGGAAAGCACACCUAACAGAUGCCGGCUCGCCAGGCUUGAUCGUGCUAGACCUCGCAAGCCGCAUUCGCGAAGAGUCGUUGAGGCAGGUGCGGAAUAUGGCACAGAAGGGGCGACCCCAGUGUCAGCAGAAGGGUCGUAUUUGGUUCAACGGCAAGAAUUUCUACUUCUCGCCUGCGAACGGUGGCCUUUGGAAACUGGAGACGAAGUGGCUGGAUCAGGCUUUCUACAAUACUUCCCUCGCAGGCGCAGAGCUUGCUUCGUACAUUGAGCCAUACUCGCUCACGCCUUCGACUGAUGGCACUGCGAUUGACACGAAUGGAGUGAUAUAUGUCAGCGACACUGAUAGUCAGCGGAUCAUCUCUGUGGCGAAGAACGGGACCAAGUCACUUCUGGUGCAGGAUUCCAGGCUGUUGUGGGUUGAUGCCAUGUGGAUCGAGGGCACCAAAUUGUGGCUGCCAGCUGCGCAGCUCAAUCGUGGAACGCCGUUUGGGAACGGGCAGGUGAAUAUCACGAAGCCACUGUAUGUGUAUACGAUCGACAUCGGGGUUGGUCCGUCGCCGAUCGACCAUGCCUAG